AUGAAUUCACUAAAUACUGUUCCUGAAGAACUUUACUCUCUAGUAUACCAUUUCCUGAAAGAUACUGGCCAUAAUAAAUCGGCUGAAACAUUUAAAAAAGAGUCAAAAAAGCCAUUUCACGAAAAUGUCAAAAUGGAACAUGAUCUCGUUAAAAUUAUCACGGACAUUAAAAACAAAGAAUUAGAAAAAGAUAAAACAAAACAAGCACGUACAGACAAUCAAGAUACCGAAAACAAUGAUUCAGAUUCGUCCAGUGAAUCGAGUGAAUCGAUUAAUUCAUCAAAUAAUUCGACCAAAUCAUCAAGUGAAUCAUCAAGCGAAUCAUCAAGCGAGGAUGAAUCAUCCGAGAGUGAUCACGAUUCAUUGAAUGACACUGAAUCAUCCGGAAAAUCUAUCAUACAGAAAAGUCGAAAUUCUACUAGCAGCUCUGAUACCUCUUCUUCUUCGGAUUCUACUGGCAGUUCUGAUGACUCUUCAGAUUCCACUAGCAGUUCUGAUGACUCUUCCUCAGAUGAGAGCGAUGAAGAAAAGGAAGAUGAAAAAGUAAAUCAUCGAAUAGAUUCCGAACAAUCUUCCGACGAAGAUGAUAAUAGUGAUAUUAUUAAAAUAGUCAAAUCAAAUGAUAGUAAAAAGGAUAAUUCAUCUGAAGAAGAAUCUUCUGAUUCUGGGAACGAAUCAAGUUCUUCUGAAAAUAAAGAACAAAGUAAUAAUUUUAAUAAUUCGACUAAUAAAGAAAACCCGUCUAAUAUUAUUAAUAGUGAUUUUGAAGAUUCAGAAAGCUUUUCAACGAUUGUUUCGCAAUCUGAUACGGAAAAGUACACGUACUUCAAUAGUGAGGAUCGUUGUAGUAAUAAGGCAUUUUCGGAGAAUAAUGGAAAUAACAAAAGACAUAAAAUGAGUUCAGAUAAUUAUUCAGAUCAAGAAUACUCAACACCUUGCAAGAGACCAAACACCAAUACGAGUGAAACCCCUUCAACUAUUGGUAAAUCUCCAUCGUGGGAGCAUUUUAUUCCAAAUUCUGUUCUGAAAAAUAAUAAAAAUAAUAAAAAAUUUAUUCAAAAAGGAAAUGGAAGUUAUCGGCCUCGGGUCGAUCCAAAUAGGAUUGAGUUCCUUGACGAAAGAUUGAAAGACAACAGUUUUAUGGCAAAGGAAGGUGCAAUAGGUUCAUAUGGCGAAAAGGCACAUAAUGACUUUAUGGAGGUUAGAGGAAAAAAUUUUCGAGCUCAAAAAACAAAAAAGAAAAGAGGUUCUUAUCGUGGUGGCAAGAUAGAUAUGGAAUCACAUUCUAUAAAAUUUCAAGAUUAG